GGAGAGGCGUGGUAUGGCGGACAGAAGUUGGGGUUCUUGCAAGUAAAUCAUCUCAUCUCUCUGAGCGCGAGGGGCAGAAGUGAGCACAGUUCAGGACGUGAGUUCAGUAACCAGCAGCCUAAGUGACGGACAGGUUGCCUGUGAUCGUCGACAUUUUGAAGGAGCCACAGAUUUUACCCACGGUUGUUACCAGCGCCAAGUGGACUAGCCACAGGAGAUCCUAGCCUCCUCCUUCUCAGUCUGCUCUAGGAACAGAACCUGAAGAUACUGAACCAGGAAGCAGGGCCACAAAGAAAAGCAGAAGUGGAAGACUUGGAGACUUGAUCCUCCUCCCUGAAGGGGCCUGAAGCUGCCUGGUGCUGUUGCGGGUGACAUCUGUGCAGGAGGGAUGACUGGGCAGGGCUGGGUCGUGUGGCUGCCUUGGGCUCUGCUGCUUCUCUGGGGCCCAGGUUGUUCAUCUCUAAGUGGCCCCACCUCCGUGACAGGCACCGUGGGGGGAUUCCUGAGCGUUCAGUGUCAGUACGAGGAGGAAUUCAGAGAGACUCCCAAAUACUGGUGCAAGAGCCCAUGUGUGUGGAGUACUGUAAAGACCAAGGAGGCAGACAGAGAAGUGAGGAGCGGCCGUGUGUCCAUCAGGGACCAUCCCGCCAACCUCACCUUCACAGUGACCUUGGAGAGCCUCACAGUGGAUGAUGCAGGAACAUACCGGUGUGGGAUCGAUAUAUCAGGACUGCCAGGAUUUGUGUUCGACCACACCUUCCGUGUUGUGGUGUCUGUGACCCCAGCAAAAACAUCCGCCCCACCUGUCAGCAUCACUGUAACCCAGAUGUCGAAAAGCACAGCUAAAAUUAUGAUCAUGCCAACCCAGCCCUCCUCCGCUGCCCCGACCACCGUGGGAGCCACCCGCAGUGCAAGCAGCCAGGAGGAAUUCCCGCCGAGCCAGGGCCUGGGGCUCCAAGUACUCUUCUCCUUGUUGGCACUUCUGCUGCUUCUGCUGGGGGGCAGCUCGCUGCUGGCCUGGAGGAUGGUUCGCAGACGGAUCAAAUCUGGUGAGAAUCCAGAGCCACUCCGGACCCCUAGUCAGCAAGGGGAGCCCCACUAUGCGAAUCUGGAGCUGCAGAUGUGGCCCCUUUGGGAAGAGCCUGUGCACCCGAGGCAGGAGGAGGUGGAAUACAGCACAGUGCUAUGUGUGGAGGGCAGGAGCUCAGUCCUGUGUGGCUCCAGGAAAAGACGUGACCCGCGUAGGAUGGUACCUGCAAAUACCUUUAUAAAUCACAGCUCCAUGGAAGUGUCUGGAUCGCUGCAGCAUGGGGACUACCAGCGGAGGGAUCGGAAGAACACAAAAGCCCUGAAGAUGGAGUCUCCCUUGUCUCAUGGACAAGGAUGCUGAGGCCCAGAGAGCAGAGGCUUGCCCAUGGUUCCAGAACCAGUGUCACAUUCCUCUGGACUCUUAGAUAACUUUACUUUUAAUAUUAAGAGAUAUCAGUACAGUUUAAAAUAUCUUCGGAGAGAAGGAAAAAGUUAUUUAAGCCAUGCCUCCUCUGUGCCCACAAUCCUGUAUUAAAGAAAGCUCCUCCCUUUUGAA